AAUUCACCUGCCGUUCUUCUCUCCAGCACACUCCCUCCUCAGAAGCCACUGACUGAAGAAUCAGCAAACAAUCCAGCGAAAGCAUGGCGUCUCCAGUUACAGCCCUUUUCUUGCUCGCUCUCAUCUUCAUGGGCUCCGAAGCAGUAGCCCCUCUGUCAGACUGCUGCCUGAAGACCACAAACAAAGUAGUUCCCAAAAAAUAUGCUUCAGAUUAUAUCAUCCAAGAAGCUGGACAAGGCUGCAAGAUUGAAGCCACAAUAAUCAUAACCAAGAGCAACUUCAAGCUCUGCAUCCCUCAUCCAGACAGGAGCCAACCAGUGGCAGAUCUCAUCACAUACCUGGACAGCAAAAAAUCAGCCUCAAAUAAGGUUCACAAUAAAAGGUCCACAAAUUGAAACAGAGCUCAGAACCUGCCAGAUGUUCCAUUCCAAAGUUCAUGUUGCUCAGGAGAACACAAUAUUCCGUUUGUUCAGUUGAUGGUUUGUUUUCUUAAAAGUAAUGUGUGUUUUGUUCUGAAUGUUGUUCAUAUUUUUAAUAGCAUAACAAUGCUUUUUUUUUUUUUUUUCUAAUGUAUUUAGCCAAAUGUCCGGUUCACUGCUCACCUGAUGUUAUUCAAUAAAGUUUAUUAUGCUUUUCUAGCCAA